AUGGUGCUCUUCAGAGAUUUGAACAAAGCUUCUGCUGACCUGCUCACCAAGGGCUACCCUCACGAGAAGGCGUGGGACUUGGAGUACAAGUACAAAUCGAAGAACCCCGAAAUCGUGAACACUGCUUCCGUCAGCCCCGGCGGCGCCUUCGACGCAAGCUCCAAGCUGAAGUACUGCGUCAGCGAUGUCACGACAGAAGUCAAGAUGAUGGCGACUGGAAAGUCGACCAUCGACGUCAAAUACGCUGCCCCGAAGAUGAAGGGACUGACUUUGGGCGCCAAGUUUGACCGCCGCGGCGAGAAGACGUCCAAGGACAGCCUCGACAUUUCCGCGGAGUACAAGCUUCCCACGUUCCACUCUUUCUUCUCGGUCAACCCCAUCUCCUCUUCGUUCAGCUUGGGCAAUGUCGUUGAGUACAAUGCUCUCCGAGUCGGAAGCGAGGUGUCCGGCAAGCUCGACGCCUCGGCGAUGAAGUACGCCCUCGGUGCCUCCUACACUGGUGCUGCCAGCAAGGCCGGCGUGUUCACUGUUUCCGUCAAGACGGCGCCGCACGGUGAUGCCGUCUUUGGCCGCAUGAUCGGCAACGUCCACGGCAAGACCAUGGACAACAAGUCCACUGAGUUGGCGGCGGAAGUCGACUACAACAUUGUUGAUGGACGGACCAACAUCCAGUUCGGUGGCCUGUGGUACCUGAACGACCAGAAGGACACUUACUUGAAGGCGAAGCUGAGCCAGAACGCGCGCAUGAGCGUCGCGCUGACUCACAGAGUGUGCGACUACGUGUCCGCAACCAUCGGCUCUCAGAUCGAUGUCACCAAGCCGAGCAACCCCGACGCUGUCAAGCACGGUCUGAAGCUCGAAAUCUCUGCCUAA